AAUGAAACCUUCAGAAAAAGGUAAUCUAAUGCUAAAACUUAAGAAAAUGAAUAAAGGAAUCUUUACAGCUUUUGUAGGUGAUGGUUGUAAUGAUAUUUGUGCAUUAUAAUAAAGUGAUAUAGGUUUAGCUUUAUCUAAUUAGGAAGCAUCAUUAGCAGCACCAUUUCUUACACCUAUAAUAAAAGUUUCAUAAAUAAAUGAGAUUUUGAAAGUAGGAAGAUGUGCACUUAUUACCAGUUAAUCUUGUUUUAAGUUUAUGACACUUUAUUCAAGUAUAUAAACAAUUGCUUUAACAUUAUGUUAUAUUAGUAAUACUAAUCUUACAGUCGAGUAAUUUUUAUAUUAAGAUUUAUGGAUAAUAAUACCCAUAGCUUUUACUAUGAGUCUAGCUAAACCAUAAGAAAAUUUAACAAACUAAUAACCUUUUGCUAGUUUAUUGAAUAGAUCAAUUAUAAUGUCAGUGAUUGGAUUAGUUUCUAUCUGUUGUAUUAGUUAAAUAAUCUCUUUAACAACCUAUGAUUACUCAUUAAUCACUGAAUUAAACAAAGAAAUACCUAAUUCAAUUAAUACUUAAUAGAUAAUAUUGGCAAAUACUCAAGUUAUUGCUGUGGCUAUUGCAUAUUCAUAAGGCAAACCUUUUAGACAACCUAUCUAUAAAAAUUAUUCUCUGUUACUUGUUUUAUUGGUUGGAAUUGUUGUGCAUAUUAUGCUCAUUAUUUAACCAAAUAUUAUUAGUAUUACAGUCUUAUCUUAAUUAAGAACAGAUGAAUUAAUGAUAACCAGUUUGGUUAAUUUGGUUACAUUCUUUAUAAUUAUAAUAUUUGAGAAUCUGUGUAUAAGAUAAUAUAAGAAAACAAGUGCAUGUCAUUUUUGA